AUGUCUUUUGAAGUGACACUGUCCUCUGCCGCUGAGCAGAUCUUUGCGCUCCUCCUGAAGCCCAUCUCACUCAUUCGCGCCUACCCCAUCACAUCUUUCUUGGCCUCGCUCGUCCUUGUUCCACUCUUCCUCGUCCUCUCCGCCGCACUCUUCUUUUUCGGCAUUGCAACAUGGCGCUAUAUCUCUCUGCACAUACUUGGCACAGACAUGUACUCUCACAUCCCGCGUCCCGCACGAACCGACCGCUACCCGCUGCUUACUGGCCAUCUCGGAUACAUUCGCAAGAGCCCGCCCGUCGAAGGACAUCUUACCUUUCAUCGCGAACUCAACACCAAGGUCUACGUCUAUCGCGGCUUGUUCUACUCUCCCCGACUCAUGAUCUCCGAUGCUAAAGCGAUGCUUCACAUGCUGAGUGCUGCUAACUCGUACAACUACGAAAAACCUGCUUCGACACGGUUGGUGUUGAAAAACUUUCUGGGCGAAGGAGUUCUGGUUGCCGAGGGCGAUGUGCAUAAGAGGCAGCGCAAGAUCUUGCAGCCGGCGUUCAGUGUGGGAGCUAUCCGAGAGUUGAACCCGAUCUUUAUGCGGUAUUCGAGGGACCUUGUCGAAAAGAUUGGUCAGAUGGUCGAUCGAUCCAACUCGAACGCCAAAGAAGGGGGUGUGGAUGGUGUUACGAGGCCAUUUGUUGCUCAGUCGAGUUAUGCGAUGAAGGCGAGCAAACCAGGCGAACCGGUCAUCGAUAUCGGCUGGUGGUGUAUCCGUGCAGCUCUCGACAUCAUCGGCGAUGCCGGCUUUGGCUAUCAUUUCGAAGCUCUCAAGGUAGACGUUGAUCCUUCCAUCGUGGUCAGACGAGCCGGUGACGAGCUCGGUGAUGCUUUCAACACGCUGUUCAAGUUGUCGCUCAAGAUCGACAUUGUUCGCUUUCUGCAACUGUACCUGUCGAAUUUCAAGUGGCUGAAAUGGGUCAACUCGAUCCCUAACAAGCGCAAGUGGGCAACUGAUUCAGCCUAUGGCGAACUGGAAAAGGUGUCGAUGCAAAUCGUUGAUCGCAAAAAAGCCGAGAUUCGAGGUGAGAUGCAGGACGAGAUCGAAGCUAGAGGUAAGACCACGUCAAGCGAUGCAUUCACCAAGGCCGACUUUGACGAGAAAGACUCGGUCUCCACGAACGGUUCUGCACCAGGCAAAGACCUUUUGCAUCUCAUGAUGCGAGCCAACAUGGCCGCCGAUGUGUCACCCAAGGAGAAACUCGACGAUGCCGAACUCAUCGGGCAGAUUACUACACUGCUCAUUGCGGGACACGAGACAACCUCGAACCAAACAGCCUGGACGCUCUGGUUGCUGGCACAACAAUCUUCGGUCCAACAAAAGCUGCGAGACGAGAUUCACGACCACUUUGGCCGCGGAAUGGAACGCGAUCCGGGAUACGACGAGUUGAUGUCCAUGCCGUACCUCGAUGCAGUAUGCAAGGAAUCUUUGCGUGUCAACUCUGCUGUUCCCAGCACGAUUCGAGUGGCCAAAACUUCCGCCGACGUCCCUCUCUCCAAACCCUACCCUACACGAGACGGGCGUGGCACGUUCAAUUCCAUACACAUCCCAGCAGGUCGAGAAGUCAUCAUCCCCAUCACCCUCAUCAAUAUCGACGACGAAAUCUGGGGCCCUGACGCUGCCGAGUUUGUCCCUGAAAGAUGGCUCGACCUACCCCCAGCUCCCCGCCAAAACGGCCUGCCCAUGCACCUGAUGAGCUUUAUCUCCGGACCAAGAGGCUGCAUCGGCAACAGAUUCGCGCUAGCCGAAUUCAAAGCUAUGCUCUGUCAUCUCGUCGGAAGCUUCCACUUCGAAACCGUUCAAGAUUGGAAGGUCGAGGCUAAGCAAACCGCCGUGAUCCGUAGCAGGGUUGUUGGCCAGGAAGACGUUGGUCCGCAAAUGCCCUUGCGCAUCUCGAGAAUUCCAACUGUCUAG